AUGUCCUCAACACAACCACCACCAACCCCCCUCUCCGACUUCCAAAAAAUCGGCCACAACACCUACCUCCAUACCCCACCCACCUACCACGCCAAAAAUGCGGCCCAAACCCCACCACCCCUCAUCCUCCUCUUCACCUGGAACGCCGCAGCCGCAAAACACAUAGCAAAAUACACGCUAACCUACCAAUCCCUCUUCCCCACGUCGCGCAUCCUACUCAUCCGCUGCUUCACUCAGGACAUAUUCCGGUCCAGCGCCGCCUACGCCACUUUACUCACUCCAGCACUUGAUCUCGUAGCCGAGCACACAGGGUCAGGCGGGGAGGUCCUGGUGCAUAGUUUUUCCAACGGAGGCGGCAAUCAGCUCAAUGAGUUUGCGAAGGCGUGGAAGAGGCGGUUUGGUGGGAAGAUGAUGCCGAUGAGAGUACAGAUUAUGGAUUCUAGUCCCACAAAAGCGCCGUGGAUGAAGAGUCAUGCUGCUAUUUCCGCCGGUUUACCCAGGACGCUUUUUUGGAAGUGGUUUGGUGGGGUAUUGGUGCAUUUGCUGUUGGUGUGUACGUAUUUGGCGGACUUUGUGAUGCGGAGGGAGAAUAAGAUGGUGGUGCUUUGUCGGCAAUUGAAUGAUGGGGAUGUGUUUGAUAAGAGGGUGCCGAGGGUUUAUUUGUAUAGCAAGGCGGAUCAGAUGGUGGGGUUUGAGGAAGUAGAGGAGCAUGCGGAGGAGGCGAAGGCGAAGGGAUGGGAGGUGGAGAGGGUGGUUUUUGAAAAGAGUGCGCAUUGUGGGCAUGUUAGGGAGGACGAGGGGGGGUAUUGGAAGGCGGUUCUGGGGGCUUGGGAGAGGGGGAGGAAGGAGAUUUAG